UUUCUUAAACAUUAGUUCUGUAUUUAAAUGUUCUCUCGUCUUUGUACAUGUUCUUUGUAAAGUUUACCUCCCGACCUUCCUUUUUUUUUUUGGGAAGGUUUUAGUGGUUGGCCACAUCUCUCUUUCUCACAUUCUUUCUGUUUUCCUUUUCUUUUCUCAUUUGUUAUUCUUUCCCUCCUGUAUCUCUUUCUUCCUCCUCUAUCUCCCUCCUCUGAAUAUCUAUACAAAACUAUAGAAAACAAGAAACAUUACCAUCAUUUGUUUUCAUUCAAGUCCCCUUUUCUCAUAUUCAACUCUCACAUUUUGUAUUUUUAUUUUUGAUGGACCAACUAGCUGGAUUUUACCUUUAGCUUGUCGUUUUUUUUUUUUUUUUUUCAUGAAUGCUUAUCACAUUUCUAUAUCAAGAUUAUUUGGAGGAAGAUAAUGGAAAAUGCAGGGUCAAGGGAGGGAGAAUUAGCUUUCUUUUUUCCAUUUACAUCUUCGUGUAUGGUAUCACCGUUGCUCUAAUCAGGCUUUUGGUUUGGGCUUUUAUAGUCUCUUCCAUGGGAAACAAGAUGAAGGGGAUUUUCAAAGGAUUCAAACAUAUAUUUAAUAAUUUUGUGAAGGAGAGGGAGUUGGAGAUUGGAUGUCCAACGGAUGUUAAACAUGUGGCACAUAUUGGUUGGGAUGGCCCCUCUGGCAAUAAUGCACCAAGUUGGAUGAAUCAAUUCAAGAAAGGGCCUGAUUUUGCAGUAGCUUCUAUUGGUGCUGGUUCUUCCCUUUCUCCAUGGACAUCUCAAGUAGUUGGAGAAUCAAACAGAAGGCAAUCAACAUCAGAGAUUAACAAGGACAGUCCAACUAAUAAGGAGGUUCAUGUUCAUACUAAGAAGCAGAAAAGGAGGAAGCAUAAGGCCAAUUCCUCACCAAAAUCUAGUUCAUCAUCUUCGACGAAAUCAUCAAGAGCAGUGAAAUCCAAGGCUAAAUUUGUAGAAGGCACUGCAAUACCAGCAAGUCUAGAAGUUGCUUAAUGUCACGUCAAAGUUUCUUAAAAAUCCUCGUGAUGUUUAAAUACACAAAGGCAUUGAACAAAACGGGAAGGAGGGAAUAGAAAAUCGCGUAAAUUCCAAAGGGAUGCAUUGUAAAUGUGAGUGAGGAAGCACACAAGAAAAUGAAAAAAACGAGGGGGCUAGAGAUGUGAAACUAAAAAGUAUGUAGAAUCUUAUCCAAUUUCUAAACGGAGAGACAUGUUUUUGGGAAAAUGAUAAUUCAUCUCUUCUUUAUAUUACUAUUUCUGACUGUUUUCCCCCUCUUAUUGGGACUAGGAUGAGGAAGGAUCUUGUAAAGAGUCGGAUCAUUUAGUUGUGCUAAUUAUUGUGCUAGUUCUAAUA